AUGAGCGAUACCUUAGCUAUGCUCAAAAUGAUCAAGAAAAAGUUGUUGAAGGAUAUCAAAUCAGACAGUAACACAAGAUGGUACAAUAGUGAGUACGACAUUCAUGUGUCUACCACUGCAAAUAUUGGAGCCAUUAUUGUGCUUGACCUUCUCCUUGCUAUUCUUUUAUAUAUAUUCAUGGUGAUUAGCACAGCUAAGGUUGUGACUAACAUUACCACUGAUCAAUACGCUCUUCUUGAUUUCAAAGCUCAUAUAACCUCCGACAUCUUAGCACAAAAUUGGUCGAGCUCCACUCCCAUUUGUCGAUGGGUUGGCAUCUCUUGCAAUGCACGCCAUGGAAGGGUCAAUGCCUUGAAUCUUUCGAACAUGACGCUCCAAGGAACACUCUCUCCACACCUUGGAAAUCUCUCAUUCCUAAUCUCUUUAGACAUUUCAUUCAACAAUUUUCAUGGGCCUCUACCAAAGGAGUUGGGAAAACUGCCCCGACUCAAGCGAAUUGAUGUUUAUAAUAAUAGCAUUUCUGGUAUCAUCCCUCAUUCCCUGUUCAACAUGUCAAAGCUGGAGAUUAUGGAUCUAGGCAACAACCUUAUUGAAGGGAGCAUCCCAUUUGAGGAAGGCGAGCUUCCCAGCCUGAAAGUAUUAUAUGUGGAUGACAACAGACUUUCAGGCUCUUUACCAGAUAAUAUGUUUAAAAGUCUUCCAGAAGUGGAGAAGUUAUCAUUUGCAAAUAACACGUUUGUUGGAACCAUACCAAGGAGUAUCGGGAACCUUACUAAGCUCAAGUGGUUAUUUCUAAGGUCCAGCAACUUAAAAGGUGACAUUCCAAAAGAACUGGGUAAUCUUGUUGAAUUGGAGAAACUUAGCAUGAGAAAUAUGGGAAUCGGAGGUCCAAUUCCGCUUUUCAUCUUCAACAUGUCUUCUCUAGAAGAGAUAGAUAUGUAUGGCAAUGGUUUAGUUGGGAGUCUUCCAGUGGAUAUAUGCCUCCAUCUUCCUCUACUUCAGUGGCUUUCUGUUGGUGACAAUAAACUCACAGGAGGGAUACCCAAAAGUAUUGGAAAUUGUACUCUACUUGAGGAGUUAUGGCUCGGUCGGAAUUACUUGAAAGGUAACAACAAUUUGUGGAUGAAUGGAGAAGUAUCAUUCACAUCUGUUACAGGUACAAUCCCCCUUGAGGUUGGGCACCAACAAAACCUGGAGAUACUAAUUGCGGAUUUCAACCACCUCAACAGCAGCAUUCCAUCUAGUAUUUUCAACAUUUCAACACUGAGAAUACUCUCCCUGAUAGACAACCACCUCACAGGCUAUCUUCCACCAAGCAUAGGCAGUACUCUUCCAAACCUUGAGGAAAUUCGUCUAUUGGACAAUCAACUUAGCGGACCAAUACCAAGCUCUAUCUCCAAUGCUUCCCGACUCACAGCGAUAGACUUGUUAAAUAACUCCUUCACUGGAAAUAUUCCUACCAAUCUUGGCAACUUGAGAUCCCUUCAGUGGCUUAGCCUUGCAUUUAAUGACUUGGUUGGUGAAUCAUCUCCUAACGAGCUGGAAUUUCUCUCUCCUCUGACGAAUUGCCUGGAUUUAAGACAUAUUGACUUAUCAUACAAUCCACUGAAUGGUAUUCUUCCAAGUUCUAUCGGCAAUUUCUCUUCGGUACUUGAGAGCUUUUUUCUAGUAAAAUGCGGACUUAAAGGAGGCAUUCCCAUGGAAAUUGGAAACUUGAGCAACGUAAUAAUGCUAGACCUUUCAGCAAAUGAGCUAACUGGGUCAGUUCCAAUUGCAAUCGAUAGACUACAGAAUAUUCAAGGGCUAUAUUUGAAUAGUAAUCAAUUGGAAGGACAGAUUCCAAUACAGCUUUGUCAACUACAGAAGUCUAACACUUUGUCAUUUGGUGACAAUAUGCUAAAUGGUUCAAUACCUGCAUGUAUUGACAAUUUGUCAAGUCUGAGAUAUCUCAACCUGAGCUCCAACAAGCUGAGUUCCGCUAUUCCAACAACCUUGUGGAGCCUAACUUAUAUCUUAGAGGUUUAUCUAAAUUCGAACUCUUUGAGUGGCUCCCUUUCUUCAGAAAUUAAAAGUUUGAAGGUCCUUACCGCAAUUGAUUUGUCGGGAAAUCAAAUGUCAGGUAAUAUUCCCAGUAGCAUUGGGGAACUAAAAGAUCUGAAGAAACUCUUACUUGCAAAAAAUAAUUUUGAGGGUCCCAUUCCAGAAUCAUUUGUUAGCUUGACAAGCUUGGAGACUGUGGAUCUCUCUAGGAAUAACCUCUCUGGAGUGAUUCCAAAGUCAUUGGAGAAACUUUCAUAUCUGAACUAUUUUAAUGUCUCUUUCAACAAGUUACAAGGAGAAAUUCCGAAGUCUGGCCCGUUUGCAAACUUCUCAGCUCAAUCGUUUGUGUCCAACAAUGGACUUUGUGGCUUACCCCGAUUUCAAGUCCCACCAUGCCAAUCUAUCAGAACAAAUAGAUCCAAGCCAGUUUUGUUGAAAUACAUUUUGCCCACAGUAUUUGCAUUCGCAAUAUUGGUGGUGCUUGUUAUAAUUGUUCUUCUAAGAUGCCGAAAAAUGAAACAAAAUUUGUCAAGACAAGAAAAUAUAAUACCUUUGGCAACAUGGAGAAGAAUUUCAUAUCUGGAACUACAACUGGCAACCAAUGGAUUUAGUGAGGGCAACUUGCUUGGCACUGGAAGUUUUGGCUCUGUAUACAAGGGAUUACUUUCAGAUGGAAAGGAAAUUGCGAUAAAGGUGUUCAAUUUGCAAUUAGAGGGAGUUUUUAGGAACUUUGAAGCCGAGUGUGAAGUGAUGCGUAACAUUCGACAUCGAAAUCUUGUAAAGAUUAUUAGUAGUUGCACAAACAACAUGGAUUUCAAAGCCUUGGUAUUGGAACUCAUGCCUAAUGGAAGCCUACAAAAAUGGUUGUAUUCUCACAACUUGUUCUUGGAUGUAGUCCAAAGGCUAAACAUAAUGGAAGAUGUUGCCUCUGCAUUGGAAUAUCUACACCAAGGCUAUUCAACACCAAUUGUUCAUUGUGAUCUAAAACCCAGCAACAUACUGCUGGAUGAAGAUAUGGUGGCACAUGUUGGUGACUUUGGCAUUGCCAAACUCUUGGGUGAAGGAGAAGAUAUGAGACAAACAAUGACAUUGGCAACAAUUGGAUACAUGGCUCCAGAGUAUGGAUCGGAGGGAAUUGUUUCUACAAGAUGCGAUGUAUUUGGUAUCUUACUGAUGGAAACCUUCACGAGAAAGAAACCUACUGAUGAAAUGUUUGUUGGGGAACUGAAUUUGAAACUUUGGGUGAAAGAGUUAUUAGCACAUGCGCCAAUUAGAGUGGUGGAUGCCAAUUUGAUGAAUAGAGAAGACAAACACUUUGUUGUUAAAUUGACUUGUAUUUCAUCUAUUAUGGAAUUGUCUUUGGCUUGCACGGAAGAUUCACCAGAAGAUCGGAUAAACAUGAGGGAUGCCUUGUCUAUGCUCAAAAAAAUCAAGAAAAAGUUGUUGAAGAAUAUUGGAGCUGAGCGUAACACAAGAUCUAGAAUGAGGAGGCAAUCAUAGCUUUUGAGAAAAUGGGCAUUGGGUGGAACUAGACUCGUAAUAAGUCAUAGCUUCUGAGAAAUGGGCUCCCCUUCAAUUGUUAUGAAAUCUUUUUUGAAUCUGAGGAAGUUGGAUGAUUUUCAAAUGGAGAGACGCAAGAGGACAUCCAAGCAGAGACGCCAGGAAUUGAAGGCGGAGAUUAGAUCUCAAAUGCAGGCUGAGUUAAGAUAUAUACUAUGCUCCAGGAGAUAGCUACUAAAAGUGAUUGGUUUAUGAGCUUUAAAACUUUAGUUCAUAGUUUAGAAGAGGAUUUAUUAGAUAUAAAUCUUAGUUCAAGUUGUUAUGGAUUGAAUAUGUGGUGAAAAGGGAUUUUCUUCUAAUGAAUAAAUUAAAGAAUUGCAGCAACCUUCAGCUGCUAUUAUUA